AUGUUCUCUGUCAACAUCUUCUCGGAUUCCAGAUACGUCAUCAAUUGCAUGGAAACAUGGCUACGAAAUUGGCGCAGAAAUGGAUGGCGAACUGCCAGUGGAAAAGUAGUCAGAAAUCGAAAUUUGAUCAGACAUGCUGACGACCUCCAAGCCGAGUUGAGAUCAAUUGGAGACUUAACAUAUAACUGGAUCCCAAGAGAAGAUAACGACGAGGCAGAUUGGUAUUGCAAUGAUGUUAUGGGUAAUAACUGUUACAUGUCUGGGUUCCGACCAUAA